CUCUCUCUCUCUCUCUCUCUCUGAGUGUAUAUAUUAGUAUCCACGGUGUCUCUCUCUAAGGCAAGGGUAAUUUAAGCUUUGGUUGGAUUAUCUCUUCAUUCGAAAUAAGUUUCUCCACUCCACAAAAUGGUGCAAAAAUGCAAUCAAGAUCUCCAAAUCCCAAACUCUUUGCCUCCAAAAAUGUUGGAGCUACUUCAUGAGUUAGCAAUGGUGGAGAAGGAGAUCACUCGACUCGAGAAUCAAAUCAACGCGAUCAAAGCAGAAGCAAAACACGAAGAGCCACGAGCCCACACACAACCAAGUUUGCAAGAAUGGGAGGUUCCAAAUCAAAGAGAAUCACCAUCACCACCACCACCACCACCACCACCACCACCAGAUCAUUGCAAUACUAGCAAGAAUGCUAAUGAGAAGACGAAGUCGUUUGAGAUGAAGGCCCUCCAUUUCAUCACCAAGGCCAUCAAAGGAGACUACAAGCUCAGUGAUUUCACCCUCAACGACAAAGCCAUCAACUCAAAGAGAUUCAAGCAACACCAGAAGCUGAGACGCCCCUCUCCAUCGCGGCAUCUUGAGAUGUCGACUCCUUUACAUACAGAAGAAGACAGCAUCCACAGAUGGCCACCAAACAAGCUAUCUGAGAACAUAAUGAGGUGUUUGAUCUUCAUCUUCUUGAGGCUGCUUCGAACGUCUAGAGCUAUGGAGCUAGAGAAGCCUAUUGCUCGUUCCACAGACUUCUCACUCAGCUUCAGGGCCGAAGCAAGCUCAGGCCUCGUCUUCCCAAGGGACUCGCGGCAGCAAGAUCCUUAUGGAAUCUUUGAUUCCAAAGAAUCUUUGCUUAGGGAUAUAGGGCCUUACAAGAACUUGGUUAGAUUCACAUCAAGCUCCAUGGAUCUCAAAUGCAUUCAGAGCUCAGCCUCCCUCCCUCUGUUCCAGAAAUUGAAGAGUUUGAUGGAUGGUCUUGAGAGAGUGGAUUUGAGGUUCUUGAGCCAUCGACAAAAGCUAGCCUUUUGGAUCAACAUGUACAACGCUUGCAUCAUGCAUGGAUAUCUUCAAUAUGGAAUUUCCUCUGUUUCCAGCCCUGAAAAGAUGCUAGCACUCAUCAACCAGGCAACUCUCAACAUUGCUGGCAAUUCAAUCGACGCUCAAACAAUUGAACGCUGUAUUCUAAGAAAACCAGCUGAUUCACAGAUUGUUGGCGCUAAAGAGAUGAUGCUUCACGAUCUCCACGGCCUGAAAUCCUCCGAUCCGAACAUCGUAUUCGCCUUAUGCUGCGCAACCCGUUCUUCUCCAGCAGUGAAGAUCUACACAGCAGAGGGCGUGACAGCAGAGCUGGAGCGAUCGAAGGUGGAAUAUCUGCAAGCUUCGAUAGUCGUGACGAGCAGCAAGAGAGUGGCGCUUCCCGAGCUUCUGCUGCGGAAUAUGUUCGAUUUCGGAGGAGACAUCGGCGCGCUGGUGGAGUGGCUCUGCCAGCAGCUGCCGGCGUCGGGAUCUCUCAGAAAAUCGAUCGUCGAUUGCUUCAAGCAACUUCGCGGCGGCAAGAUCGAGAUGAUGCCUUACGAUUUUGAGUUUCAGUAUUUGUUUGCGGUGUGAUUCAAGUUGAGUUUUUAGUUUCAAAGCAAAUUUAGAAUUACAUUAUAUGCCCUCGUAUAAUUCCUUCAAUAAUUUUCUUGUUCACGAAUCACAAUAUUUGAAUAAAUCACCCCUAUUUUUGAUCUA